CAAUAAUGUGUGAUUUUACUACGUCGCCCUCUAGUGUCUCCUUUAUGAAAGUGCAUACUGAGGCUGUGACUUUCUACCAACUUUUCCUUAAUGAUAUUCCAAGACUCAAAUUGCACACGGUAAGGCGAAGUGACUUUAUUUUUAUUUUUAAUGAGGCGUGUCGUAGCGUCAGUGGCUGAAGCAGCAGUAAAAUGAAGACGUUUAAAUCCCAAGUGUGAGUAGACUGUCAUGUGACGAGCCUGUACAGCUGGGCCCCCCACGAGUUCUCUGUCCGUGUCUAUGAACGUGUUUGUCAUAGACACCAGUGGACCGUCAUGCGGGAAACCCCGUACGGGUGACCCGAUCUGCGAGCAAACGUCACCUCCGUCAAACCGAGACAACACGUUACCGUGCCGAGUUCCUGGGUCUUCGAGUAAACGAACUGAAGCUACAGCAAGUCAGAAACAUGCGUUCUUUAGCGGGACUGGCUGCCAUCGUGGCUGCGGCUACUGUGUUUCUCUACCUGCUGUCCACUCAUCUGCCGCCGAGCUCGGCUGUCAGGAAGGGGCAGGAGGAAGUACAGGAACCCCCGAAGAUCAGGCUCACGUUUCCGUCAGACCUGGAUGAGCUGCGGGAGCUUGCGGAUACGCUCAAGUUUUAUAAACAAGAGCAUCAUGGCUACGUUCUUCUGCUCUUCUGUAGUGCUUACCUAUAUAAGCAGUCCUUUGCCAUCCCUGGAUCAUCAUUCCUGAACAUGUUGGCUGGAGCAAUUUUUGGGCCUUGGGAGGGCCUGCUUCUAGCCUGCCUGCUCGCCACUGUGGGCUCAACAUUUUGCUUCCUGUUGUCCUCCGCAUUUGGGAAACAUUAUGUGGUGCAGCUCUUCCCUGAGAAGGUGGCUCUGCUGCAAAGAAGGGUGGAGGAAAAUCGUAGCAGUCUGUUCUUCUUUCUACUCUUUCUACGUUUCUUUCCUAUGACUCCUAACUGGUUCCUUAACAUCUCCUGCCCUGUCCUCAACAUCCCUAUGCCUAUUUUCUUCUUCUCUGUCUUUAUAGGAUUGAUUCCAUACAAUUUCAUCUGUGUUCGUACGGGCGCCAUACUCUCAGAGAUCACCUCAUUGGAUGACAUCUUUUCAUGGAGGACACUGGCUCAGCUCCUGGCCAUCGCUCUGAUGGCUUUUAUCCCUGGAGCGCUGAUCAAACACUACAGCAGAGAUCACCUCAGGGUGGACGGUGUAGACGGCAAUCAAACGCCAAAAACAGAAGUAAAGCCAGAGCGGAAAAAUCGGUGAUUCCAUGAUGAGGCUCCUGGUCUCUUCUAAAAGUCCAGGUCUAUUAAUGGACCUUUACCAUGUCAUGGCUUCACGAAUGUGGCUCAAAAGCACAAGCAAGUUGAGAGUGAAGUUUUACAAGACAGGCCCUACUGUAGUUAUCUGUUGGUUGAAAUAGUCUUAAAUGUAGCUGACGUUGAGCGUUGCCCAAUGGAAUUCUGGGAGAUGACUGAUACCGACAAUAGUUCAGCAACAUCAGAGAGUUUCCUCACUUUUUUCAUCUUAUUUUAAGGACACCUAAAAUGUAUUUAUUAUAUAUCUAUAUAUGUAAAGUGUUGGUACAUGAACGUGUUACUUGUUUACUGAUGUGUUGAGAGAGACGUGGUGAUUGGUCUGACCAAAGGGUGUCUAUAAAAUACUGAUUCUGUCCUUUAAGUCUUACACAGUACUGUCAUACCUUUUCAUCAGAGUGGGUUGAGUGCCUUAAAAUGAAUGUUUUCAUUUUCAAGUUUUAUUGUAGAAGACAUUUUGAAUGCAGGAAGUCCUCUGUCGUACAUCCUUAGCCUAUGGUGUUUUGUGGUUACUUCGCCAUUUUUUUAAAAGUAUUUUUCUAGUUGGCGAG